AUGUCGUUUAAUGGGACAACUCGAAGAUAUGUCAAUUCUCAUUUCGUGGUUGACGAUUAUCAAGGACGAUCAUUGGGAGAAUUAAGUUUCGGUUAUGGUCGUCUACUAUACAGAAACUAUUUUGGUUUUGGUCCUCCGAAUGAUCCGAUAUAUGAUCCUAUGGGUUUUAAGGAGCCACUGGAAUUUCAAGGUUCACCUAGAGGACCUUCUUCUGGUAGGGUACCUAUCAAGACGAUGGUUGCCUCUUAUGAACGAUCUAGGUGUUUCGGAUCGAACGAACAAAAGAAAAAGACAGAACUGACAAUGAAAGAUCUAAGUAGCGACGAAACUAACUGCGUUAUACCGCCGAGUCCCACGGGUGGAUGUAUUCUGCCUAAACAACCUGACGGUGGGCAGUACGUGUUGGGUGGAUGCGGUGAGCCCUGUAGACUGAAAGCAAGCGAUAAAGUCCCUAGGAAUAGUAUUCUCACUUACUCCUGUAAUGGUAAUUACGUGCUCAGUGGGAACACCAUCACCGUUUGUAUAAAUGACGAAUGGUACAACCCGCCUACUUGUCAGAAAACGUGUUCACCUCUGGAAAGCACCACCAUCGAUAUCUUGUGUACUUAUCAGGGAGAGAACGUACUGUGCAAUGAACGGGCAAGGCCAGGAACACGAGCAAAGCUCUUCUGUAAACAAUCUUAUAAUUUACCACCCACCAACGACCCAGUCUAUCGGGAGAUCGUCUACCUCGACUAUGGUCUUUGGGAUCGUACACUCUUCAGCUGCUUGCCAGAACGAGUGUAUCUCAUGGCGAUACUCUCAUUACAAAAUACGGUUUUUUUUCCAUGGCACGCUGGUAUCGAUCAGAAAAUAGCUAACAAUAGGUCAAGUACCGUGAAAAUGCGAUGA